AGCGACAUCGUUUACGAGACUGAAGAGCGAUGCUGGAGUCGCUGCUGCGCGCGCGGCUGCUGUACGGGGCGGUGGCCAUGUCGGCUGGUGUGUUCGUGUUCUCGUUCCUCCAGGAGCGCGAGGAGAUGGAGGAUCAGGAGAUUGAGCUAGCGGAGCGGCCUGUGAGCACGGAGCUCUUCUUCCAAGCCAUGGAGAACAUGCCGCAGCUAUCGCCCCAGCAACGGCUGGAAAUGCGGCGCUUCUGGCGCAAUUUGACCAAUAAAAAACAGCUAAGACGACUAAGUAUCGGUAGUAGCGACUCUCUCGAUGCUGAGCAGGAGAUCAAUACGGAGCUGGUGGUCAGGGACGUACAGCUCUUCGCACAGGAAUACAAACGUGUUUUCCCGGACAUUUUCCCUGAGAAGCAGGUGCUCGACGCUGCGGAGAAAGCUGCAGAUGUGGCGGACCAGCACUCCACAGCAUGGAGCGAUAUCGUGGGCAGUACGAGCACGAUGAUCGUGUCUACAGGCAAGAGAUUGAACCAUAUUGCCAAAGAUACGAAAGACGAGGUGCAAUCGGUCAUGCACCGUACUGUGAGGAAAGUGCUGGAGAGAGCGCUGGAUAUUGUGGCGGCUAGAUUGAAGCAGACACUGAAGGACCCCGAUAUGCCCAGCUACUUGAAGACGAAUAUUGACAUUGGCAUUGAGCAAUUUAUGCCGGACGUCAAGAUGGAGAUUUUCCGGAAGACACGAGAGCUAUUUGGACAAGAUCCAGGGACCAAUGAGGAUGGAGGAGCUGGUGUCGUCCCAGUCACGAGCCGAAGAUUCGGGCUAUUUCGACGUGCUCGUGGCCAUAUUCUGCACCAUUUGUUCCCUCAUGACAAGACGAUUUGGAGAUCAUUUAAAGACCCAUGGUGGAUCCUUUAUACGAGUGUGGGUCUUUUGCCCGACAAGACCAAUGAGCAUCAAUUGUGUCAGUUCAUCGUGGGAUUCAAAGCCGCGCAGUUCAUUACGCUCGGUAUCAUGCACAUGAUGCUUGGCGUCUUUAUGUACGUGAAAUGUGUGACACAAGGCUCCAUGCUGGCGUGUCAAAGUGGCGGUGGCCCUGCCUUGAGCGAUGGGACGGCUUGUUUCUUCGUGCUCCAGAUUGUUCUCGUCUGGGCAGCUUUCUUCCGCUUGCCUUACACAGUUCGUCCGCAAGAAACAGCGUUGUACCGGACAAAGUCCAUGGAGAUGCGGGAACGUGGAGCGUUUCGCGAUGCCUUCGGUAACGAAGUACAUCUGGACCGUGGGGGGUAUCUCAUGAAGUUCUGCGGGUACGAGACGGUAUCCUUCAUCAUUAUCAUGGCGCUCGCUGGCCUCGUGCUCUGGCUGCCAUUGGAGACGUGGCAGCGUCAGGCGUUAUUUUACUGGAUCCGAACUGCCUACGGACUCUUCUCGUUCCCGUUUCUGGCAUUCAAAAUCCCUGUAUUGGCGAAUGUUUUGAUGCACACGCGACAAAUGGGGUACAAUGAACAAGGAGAUACCGUCAGAUUCGCUGUCAAGAAGCGACUUGAGUGA